AUGCCUGCCUUGUCCCGUCCAGACUCGCUCACCUGGUCAGGGCAGAGUUCACUAAACAGCUCGCGCCCUACGACGCCUGAUGGGGAAUCUGAAGGUGGCUAUGCCCUCCCUCUGUCCCUGGAUUUCGAAAACGUGGUCCUUGUGAUUGGCGGCCUCGGCUUUAUUGGCUCACACACAGCCCUUGAGCUGUUGAAGGCCGGAUAUAACGUGUCCAUCGUAGACGAUCUCAGCAACAGUUUCAAGGUGGCCUUUGGCCGCAUCAAGGAGCUGGCCCUCAAGCACCAUUCUAGUAGGGGUACCAAGAUGCCAUCCCUACAGCUGCACAUGCUCGACUACCGAAGCCGCGGCAUGCGCGACGUCCUGGACCUGUACUCGGUCCCGAGCCAGAAGUCGACGGCAGCAGCAGUUCCUCACAACGCCAGACGGUCGCGCAUCUCGGGCGUGAUUCACUUUGCAGCCUUCAAGUCCGUCUCCGAGUCCAUCUCGCGGCCCGUGCAGUACUACCAGAACAACGUCUGCGGGCUCGUCGACCUCGUCUCGCUGCUGGGCGAGCACAACAUUCGAAACCUCGUCUUCUCGUCUUCGGCCACAGUCUACGGGUGCAAGGCGGACCUGGGACGGCCGCUGCGGGAAGAGGACCUUGUGCACCCCGAGGCCUACGUCGACGACAACGGGCUCGAAAUCACACCCGAGUCUUUUGCCAGCCUGCAGAGCCCAUAUGCCAGGACCAAGUUCUUCUGCGAGGCCAUCCUCGCCGACGUUGCCCGCUCAGAUUCGUCAUGGCGCAUCACCUGUCUCCGGUACUUUAACCCUAUCGGAUGCGACGCCUCGGGCCUCCUGGGCGAGGACCCAAAGGGCACGCCGACCAACCUGUUCCCCGUCAUCACACAGGUGCUCGCCGGCGCCCGCAAAGAGCUGGACGUUUUCGGAUCUGACUGGGACACGCGAGAUGGAACCCCUGUCCGGGACUACGUCCAUGUGUCCGACGUGGCGCGGGGCCACGUCGCUGCCUUGGCCACCGAGGCCAAGGAGCCAUUUCGCACAUACAACCUGGGCUCGGGGACGGGCACGACGGUGGCCGAGGCCGUGCGCAGCCUUGAGAGGGCGUCGAAGCGGUCCAUUCCUGUCCGGCUGGCGGACCGCAGAGAAGGCGACGUCGGCUCGUGCGUCGCGUCCAACGAGCGAGCAUUCAGGGAGUUGGGAUGGGAGGCGAGAGAGAGCGUGUCCCAGUGCGCCGAGGAUUUAUGGAACUUCGUAUCCAAAGUUCAGGCUCCGGGGACUCUCCAGCCCGAGAGAAAGGCGGCUUCGCCCGUCUGA